ACGCAGAGCCACUGAUCAAUCAAGCCAUCUCGCUCGCCCAAAUACUCUUCUCGUUCUUCAGUUGGGUCCCCUCUCGCACUCUUCUCCGCCCUCGGUAUACCUCCUCCUCCUCCUCCUCCUCCUCCUCAUCGUUGUCUUCCACUCCUGUACUUCACGCCUGUCAUUCUUAUCGAAAGGCAAUCCCCUUUCCGCCUGUCCUUAACGAAACGAAAUCGCCUCUCGCCUGUCCCUGUUAACGCUGUGGACCUUCUUAACGCAAAGAAAUCACCCCUCUUUCAACUCCUCGUCACCUGCAUCUACAACACCUGGACCUUGAAUUCAACCUGAACGAAAGACUAUAGACUCAAUACUGAACCCUUGUCUUCUCUCUCUGUGCAGCCAUUUCUAUCUUUUCGCGGGAGGCAGAAAUCUACUAUCGGCCCAGCAGCGGCGUCGGCCGGAGGAGGAGGUUGAGGAGAGAGGAGCAGUGGAGUCGGAGAGAAGACGAACAUAGAAGAGUAGGAGAGGAAAAGAACGAAAAGAACACGAGAGGAGAAGGGGAUUAGUGGCGAAGGGCAGAAGCAGGGGAGUAGAGGAUCGGUGCUGGUUGAGAAGAGAAGAGAAGAGAAGAGAAGAGAAGAGAAGAGAAGAGAAGAGAUGGGGGUGAGCAGGUUCGUCGUGAAGUACCUCAAUGUGCUAACUUUAUUGAUGUCCAUCGUUAUUCUGAGUGCCGGGAUAUGGCUAGCGACCAAAGGCGGUACGCAGUGCGAGAGGUUCCUGACUGUUCCCGUCGUCUUCAUCGGCGUUUCUAUUUUCGUCAUCUCUUUCUUGGGUUGCGUGGGCGCCUCAAAGGAGAGCACUUGUCUGCUAUGGCUAUACAUCAUCUUCCUGACGUUGCUCCUCCUGCUGUUGACGGCCUUCACCAUCUUCACGUUCGUGGUAACGAACGAGAGCGCCGGAGAUACUGUGAGUGCGACAGGCGUGAGAGAGUACAGGCUGGGGGAUUACUCCACCUGGCUGCAGAAACGAGUCGAAGACAAAGAUAUCUGGAGGCGAAUCAAGGACUGCCUAUCGGAUCUCGAUGUCUGCGGACGGCUGGCCAAGCAGCAUCCCCAGGAAAUCACGGACGUCCAAUUGGAUGCGCUGGAAUCAGGCUGCUGCAAGCCGCUCGACGAGUGCGGCUUCGUUAUGGUCAACACUACGUACUACACGAUAAAGUCGCCGGCCGACACGAUGGAUGAGGACUGCGGGCGCUACGACAAUAGUCCGGCGCUGAGGUGUUACAUGUGCGAUUCCUGCAAGGCGGGAUUCUUACACACGAUAAAGGAUAGAUGGAGAGCGGUAGCUUUCAUUAAUCUUGCGGUCUUGGCAAUAUUGACGGUGGCGCUAUGUUGUGGAUGUGCCGCGAGAAGGAGCGCCAAGGAAAGCAGGUACGGGAGACUGCCUAAGUAGGGGAGUUGCGCAAGCAGCGAGGCGGAGGAGGCGGGGCAUUGGGACCGGUACUAGUGCGAGUACUGCGGACGACCAGCUUGGCUGAAGUUUUCGGUAGGACGGGAGAGAGAGAGAGGGAGAGAGAGAGAGAGAGAGAGAGAGAGAGAGAGAGAGAGAGAGAGAGAGACGAAGAAGGGAGGAAUGAAGAGAUUAGGAGGGAGAAGAAUGCGCAGAAGAGGAAGGCGAAAAGAAUAAUGUAAAAGCGGUGGAAAUUCGGGUGUGGUAAGUAUAAUGGCGACGAUGUAAAUGUACAUUCAGUUCUGAAGAGCUUAGUGAGCCUUGUUCCCUCCUCUCUCACUUGUGUUGUUUAUGUCGAGGGUUGACGGGGAAGGAUCGAAUGGUUAGCGAGUGAACAGGUGGAUAUAGUUCCAAUCAGUAGCAAGAUUCCUUGUGCGAACAGGCGGAUAUAGCUUUUCGGUCGGCUGGAUUGCUCAUUCCGUGACAAGACGGAUGCUCAUUCCGUGACAAGACGGAUGCCGUUCCGAAGAAAUGCGCUUCCUUGUGCGUUCUUGAUGGGUGUCGUCAUAUUCACUAUGUGUGUGUGCGCACGAGAGAGAGAGAGAGAGAGAGAGAGAGAGAGAGAGAGAGAGAGAGAGAGGUCUCUGGUCGGCAAUGAAUUUGAGGCGGAAUGGUCGAGAGGGGGUGCUUACGUACAGUAUAUGGUGUGUACAUACAAGCUGUUAGAUAUGUAGAACCUCUGGCCGAAGAUUGGUGGCAGCGACAUCUGAAGGGAGAUGAUACACGGUCAUCUGAGGCUUUUUUCUUUUGCCGUUCGUCGGUGAACUACACGGACUGAAUCACCUCGUUUCAGCGUUUCAGUUCCCCGUGUGGUCUGUUCGCGCCCGCCCGUGCGUGCGUGCGACUGCCUGUGUUUGUGGAUGCAGCGAGAGAGAGAGAGAGAGAGAGAGAGAGAGAGAGAGAGAUUAUUAUUACGGCACAAUAUGUUGAGAGCGAAAUGAAGUGAAGAUGACUGUAUUUCCGACACUGAGCGGAACUACAGCGUACGUCUAGAAAUCCGACGCUAGCGCGGCGAAGCCUCCCCGCGAUUUCGGGUUGGUUGGGUACACGGACAGUAGCUGCAGGAGAGAGUGCUCGACGCGGGUUGUCACUCUCUCAGAAUUUCCCAGAAACCCAGAAGGUUCCCAGAUGGCGGAGAAGGGGCUUUCGACGGAAGGCUUUGCGGUGAGUGCGGAAUGUGAGCUGGCAUCCUGUAGAAUCGACAAAGGUGUAUUGUCCCUUGUCGUUCAUCUGUCCUUUUUUAUGACCUUUUUUUAUUAUAUUGCUACCGUGACCUUCAUUACACAGAUUGCCGCGUAAAGAAGAUCGGCGGCUGGUGGGGCUGGUUAACAUGCUCGGGUCCUCAUCAAUUGAGUUUCUUUUUUAUAUUUUCCCUCUUUAUUUUCAAAUUUUAAGGAAAAGAGGAAAGAAAGACGAUUACAAUGGAAUUCGAUGAGUGCGCCAGGACUCGAUCGAGUUCACUGUCGCCAACUUCCUUAAUCCUCUCUCUCUCUCUCUCUCUCGCACGUGCUCAUCUCUCUCUUUUUCUGCUCUUCCUAUGGGUACUUCUCUGGCCCCACCUCUCUCGCACACACGUCUCUUUCUCCCUCUCUGUCUGUCGUUCGCUCGCUUGCUCGCUCUCUAUGAUUUGGUGUGUGAGCAGGAGGGAAGUGAAGGAAACGGCCGAAUGCUUGAAAACUAGCGUCACGGUCAUGAUAAGCAACCAGAAAACAAUUUGUCAUUGCCAAAGUAGUUUGUCACUUCGGCGGAUGUCAUGUUUAAUUAUAAAGUCACUGUAAACAACGAGUUAUGUUUUUCAUUUUUACAAUUACUGAACUUAACCGGUUUGUCAUGAUUAAUCAUCAGCCUUUGUACAGUGAAAAAUUAAUCGG